AUGGAUAACUCUAGGUCAAGCUUUGAUUUAACUGCCGAGAACCUAGCAAAAAUAUCGGAUAUAGAUGAUACAAAUUCAAAUGGCUCCUCUGCAGCUCCCCGAAAGUCGAGAUCGCAGAGUCAACAGGUGGAGUCUGAAAAAUGGAUUAUGCCCGAAUUGACGGAGAAAAUUCUCGAUGCAUUCCUAGAUUACAAUAAAAAAAAGGGACGAAAAGAACAAGCAAAGCUAGAAAAACAAGCAAAGCCAGAAGAUCAAGAAGAACUAGAGAAUCUCGACCAGCAUGAAAGUCCACAACCAGAGUCCGCUAAAAAGGGUGAGGCAGGAGCAUCGAGGUCUCAAUGGAGUUCCAUAAUGGAUGCUUCGUGCAUGAUGAACGUUUCGAGAGACACCUCACAAGGGUACUAG